CUUCACCUUUUUGAGGUUAUAGAUUUUAGUUAGAUUCUGAUGGAAACUGUGGACCUGUUCUCCCCCAAAAUGUACUUAAAUACAUACAUUUAACGUUUUGCAAACUGUUUUAGGAGAGUUAUAGAGUUCUUGAGACAGAGGUCCAUGAACCAUGGAUUAUAAAUCUUAGGUGAAGAGUACUGGGUUUCGUCUUCUAUCCAUUGAGGAGUUUAGUGACUUGUGCUUUUUAUCAUCUCUAAAAUUAAAAAGUAAACAACCUUUUCCCUACCUCUGUCCCAGUAAUCACAUGGAUAGCUACAGAAUUUUUCUUCCAGGGGUUGCCACUAUAUAACCAUUCAGAGUUUUCUUUGGAUAAUAAUAGAUUAGAAAAUUUUAAAUCACUACCAACCUUCCCUCAUUCGUUCUUUUUCUUUUUGAAACCAUUGGAAUCUUGACUCAGAGAAAAAACUAGUUAAGAAAUAAUUAGUUUUUAUAUCUGCUUUUUUUCCUCUAGAGGUAUGAAGGAUGUUUUGUGGAACAAUAAGAUGUACUUAAUAAACUUCACAGCUAUUUUCUCAUUAUGUGGUUAACAGCAAACUAUAAAGCUUUAAUUUCAUUUGUUCAGGCUUAUUUUACAGUUAUUGUCCUAACUUUUCUUUUAAAUAUGGUGGAUUGAGCACAUUCCUGUAACUUCCUUUCUUACCAGCAUCCCACUGAUAUUGUUUAAAGACUGCUUUAAACCACAGUUCUGAAAAGCAGGAACAGAUGUUAUUAUAUUAGUCAAACUACCUUAAUGAGGAGCCAGAGGACCUCAUUAGUUCUGUAACUUUAAUGUGUGCUUGCAUGUGUGUGGGGAAGGAGGGGAGAAGAUCCAACUCAGGCAUGGAUAAAUCCAGAUUUGAAUAAUGUCAUCAAGUACUGUUUCUCUCUAAACAAUUUUAGUCUCUCUUUUCUUCAGUAUUAGCUUUAUUUUAAGCCAGGCAAAGAUGACUGCCAAAGGAGAGUGGGAUGGGGUAUUCUAGCCAGACCUGGGUCAUGUGGCCACUCCUGUGGUGGCUGGGAAGAAUCACCCCCACCCAGAUCACAUGGAAUAUUUUCCCCACAGACAAGAGGGGUUAUGUUACUAGAAAAAGGGGGUGGGGAGAAAGCAUGUUGAGCAGUAAAAUUACAGUUCACAGUCCACUACAGGUACCAUCAGAGGACCAGAAAUUUUGAAGAAGAUAGAAAGUUCACGGGAUCGGAUUGACAGCAAAAUCUCAGAGGAAACUGGAACCCAAGAUACCAGAGGUGGAGUCCUUCAUUUUGGAUCAGGAUGAUUUGGAAAAUCCAAUGCUGGAAACGGCUUCCAAGUUGCUCUUGUCAGGUACUGCUGAUGGUGCAGACCUCAGGACAGUAGAUCCAGAAACACAAGCUAGACUGGAAGCUUUACUAGAAGCUGCAGGAAUAGGCAAAUUAUCCACGGCUGAUGGUAAAGCCUUUGCAGAUCCUGAAGUGCUCCGGAGGUUGACAUCGUCUGUUAGUUGUGCGUUGGAUGAAGCUGCUGCUGCACUUACCCGUAUGAGAGCUGAAAGCACAGCAAAUGCAGGGCAGUCGGACAACCGCAGUUUGGCAGAAGCCUGUUCAGAAGGAGAUGUAAAUGCUGUGCGAAAGUUACUCAUUGAAGGGCGAAGUGUAAAUGAACACACCGAGGAAGGGGAGAGCCUCCUUUGUUUAGCUUGUUCUGCUGGAUACUAUGAGCUUGCACAGGUUUUGUUGGCAAUGCAUGCAAAUGUGGAAGAUAGGGGAAUCAAAGGUGACAUUACACCUUUAAUGGCUGCUGCUAAUGGAGGACAUGUCAAAAUUGUGAAGUUGCUGCUAGCUCAUAAAGCCGAUGUCAAUGCACAGUCUUCAACAGGCAAUACAGCACUUACAUAUGCUUGUGCUGGAGGCUAUGUAGAUGUUGUAAAGGUGCUCUUGGAAUCCGGUGCUAGUAUUGAGGACCAUAAUGAGAAUGGUCAUACCCCUCUUAUGGAAGCUGGAAGUGCUGGACAUGUGGAAGUAGCCAGAUUGCUGCUAGAAAAUGGGGCUGGCAUUAAUACGCAUUCCAAUGAAUUUAAAGAGAGUGCCCUUACAUUAGCUUGUUACAAAGGACACCUAGAGAUGGUGCGAUUUCUUUUGGAAGCAGGCGCAGAUCAAGAGCAUAAAACAGAUGAAAUGCACACUGCUCUAAUGGAGGCUUGCAUGGAUGGCCAUGUUGAAGUAGCUAGGUUACUUCUUGACAGUGGUGCCCAAGUGAACAUGCCUGCUGAUUCAUUUGAGUCACCAUUGACUUUGGCUGCAUGUGGUGGGCAUGUGGAACUUGCGGCUUUACUUAUUGAAAGAGGAGCUAGCCUGGAAGAGGUCAAUGAUGAAGGUUAUACACCAUUGAUGGAAGCAGCUCGUGAAGGACAUGAAGAAAUGGUGGCAUUACUUCUAGGCCAAGGAGCAAAUAUCAAUGCACAGACAGAAGAAACUCAAGAAACUGCCUUGACUCUGGCUUGCUGUGGAGGCUUUCUGGAAGUGGCAGACUUUCUAAUUAAGGCAGGAGCUGAUAUAGAACUAGGGUGUUCUACCCCUUUAAUGGAAGCUGCUCAAGAGGGUCAUUUGGAGUUAGUUAAAUACUUAUUAGCUGCAGGAGCUAAUGUUCAUGCAACAACAGCAACAGGGGAUACAGCACUAACAUAUGCCUGUGAAAAUGGUCAUACUGAUGUAGCAGAUGUCUUACUUCAGGCAGGAGCAGAUCUGGAGCAUGAAUCUGAAGGUGGAAGAACUCCUUUAAUGAAAGCUGCAAGAGCUGGUCAUGUUUGUACUGUUCAGUUCUUAAUCAGUAAAGGAGCGAAUGUGAAUAGAACCACAGCUAAUAAUGACCAUACUGUACUGUCCCUGGCUUGUGCAGGGGGUCAUCUGGCAGUGGUGGAACUACUUUUGGCUCAUGGAGCAGAUCCUACUCAUCGUUUAAAAGAUGGCUCAACUAUGUUGAUAGAAGCAGCAAAAGGUGGCCAUACAAGUGUUGUUUGCUAUCUUUUGGACUAUCCUAAUAACUUGCUUUCAGCCCCUCCACCAGAUGUCACUCAGUUAACCCCCCCAUCCCACGAUUUAAAUAGGGCUCCUCGUGUACCAGUUCAAGCACUGCCCAUGGUUGUUCCACCUCAGGAGCCUGACAAACCACCUGCUAAUGUUGCCACUACUCUUCCCAUCAGGAAUAAAGCUGCUUCUAAACAAAAGUCCAGCAGCCAUUUGCCAGCAAACAGCCAGGAUGUACAGGGUUACAUCACCAAUCAGUCUCCAGAGAGCAUUGUAGAAGAGGCUCAGGGAAAGUUAACAGAACUGGAACAGAGGAUAAAAGAAGCCAUAGAAAAGAAUGCACAGCUGCAGUCCUUGGAACUGGCUCACGCUGACCAACUUACCAAGGAGAAGAUCGAGGAGCUGAACAAAACAAGGGAGGAACAAAUUCAGAAGAAACAAAAGAUUUUGGAGGAACUACAGAAAGUAGAACGAGAGUUACAACUGAAAACUCAGCAGCAGCUAAAAAAGCAGUAUCUAGAGGUUAAAGCUCAAAGAAUUCAACUUCAGCAGCAGCAGCAACAGUCUUGCCAGCAUCUGGGACUACUAACUCCUGUUGGGGUUGGAGAACAGCUUUCCGAGGGAGACUAUGCACGGUUACAGCAAGUGGAUCCCGUUUUGCUUAAAGAUGAACCCCAGCAGACUGCUGCUCAGAUGGGUUUUGCACCAAUCCAGCCUCUGGCCAUGCCUCAAGCUUUGCCUCUGGCGGCAGGUCCCUUGCCUCCAGGGUCCAUCGCAAAUCUUACAGAACUGCAAGGAGUGAUAGUUGGACAGCCAGUACUGGGCCAAGCACAGUUGGCAGGGCUGGGGCAAGGAAUUCUGACAGAAACACAACAAGGGUUAAUGGUAGCCAGCCCUGCUCAGACCCUCAAUGACACGCUGGAUGACAUCAUGGCAGCAGUCAGUGGAAGAGCAUCUGCAAUGUCCAACACUCCUACCCACAGUAUCGCUGCUUCCACUUCCCAACCUCAGACUCCAGCUCCAAGCCCUAUCAUCUCUCCUUCAGCCAUGCUUCCUAUCUACCCUGCCAUUGAUAUUGAUGCACAGACCGAGAGUAAUCAUGACACAGCGCUAACGCUUGCCUGUGCUGGUGGUCAUGAGGAACUGGUACAAACACUGCUAGAGAGAGGAGCUAGUAUUGAGCACCGAGACAAGAAAGGUUUUACUCCACUCAUCUUGGCUGCUACAGCUGGUCAUGUUGGUGUUGUAGAAAUAUUGCUGGACAAUGGUGCAGACAUUGAAGCCCAGUCGGAAAGAACCAAGGACACACCGCUAUCUUUGGCUUGUUCUGGGGGAAGACAAGAGGUGGUGGAGCUAUUGUUAGCUCGAGGGGCAAAUAAAGAGCACAGGAAUGUUUCUGAUUACACACCUCUAAGCCUGGCUGCUUCUGGUGGCUAUGUGAACAUUAUCAAAAUAUUACUAAAUGCAGGAGCCGAGAUUAAUUCUAGAACUGGUAGCAAAUUGGGCAUUUCUCCUUUGAUGUUAGCAGCUAUGAAUGGGCACACAGCUGCCGUUAAGCUCCUGUUAGACAUGGGCUCUGACAUAAAUGCUCAAAUAGAAACCAAUCGGAACACUGCCCUUACCUUAGCCUGCUUCCAAGGAAGAACUGAAGUGGUUAGUCUUCUGCUUGAUAGAAAAGCAAAUGUGGAACACAGAGCUAAGACUGGCCUCACACCACUAAUGGAGGCUGCCUCUGGUGGAUAUGCAGAGGUGGGCCGAGUUCUUUUGGAUAAAGGUGCUGAUGUUAAUGCCCCUCCAGUGCCCUCCUCGAGAGAUACAGCUUUGACCAUAGCAGCAGAUAAAGGGCAUUAUAAAUUCUGUGAGCUUCUCAUUGGCAGGGGAGCUCACAUUGAUGUACGUAACAAGAAGGGGAACACUCCACUGUGGCUAGCAGCAAAUGGUGGACACCUCGAUGUGGUUCAGUUACUGGUGCAGGCAGGUGCAGAUGUGGAUGCAGCAGAUAACCGCAAGAUAACUCCUCUUAUGGCAGCGUUUAGAAAGGGUCAUGUGAAGGUGGUGCGCUACUUAGUCAAAGAAGUCAAUCAGUUUCCAUCAGAUUCUGAAUGUAUGAGAUACAUAGCAACCAUCACUGAUAAGGAGAUGCUGAAGAAGUGUCAUCUUUGUAUGGAAUCAAUAGUACAAGCCAAAGAUAGACAGGCUGCUGAAGCAAAUAAAAAUGCCAGCAUUUUAUUGGAGGAGUUAGACUUGGAAAAGUUAAGGGAAGAAAGCCGGAGGCUAGCUUUGGCUGCUAAAAGAGAAAAGAGAAAGGAGAAGAGAAGAAAGAAAAAGGAAGAACAAAGAAGAAAACUAGAAGAAAUUGAAGCCAAAAAUAAAGAGAACUUUGAACUCCAAGCUGCUCAAGAAAAAGAAAAGCAUAAAGUUGAAGAUGAGCCUGAAGUCUUGACAGAGCCUCCAAGUGCCACAACCACUACUACCAUAGGUAUAUCUGCAACCUGGACAACUUUGGCAGGUUCCCAUGGUAAAAGAAAUAAUACCAUAACUACAACCAGUUCAAAGAGGAAAAACAGGAAAAAUAAAAUUACUCCAGAAAACGUUCAAAUUAUAUUUGAUGAUCCACUACCAAUCUCAUACAGUCAGCCAGAGAAGGUGAACGGAGAGUCCAAGAGCAGCAGUACCAGCGAGAGUGGGGACAGUGAUAACAUGAGGAUUUCCAGCUGUAGUGAUGAAAGUAGUAAUAGCAACAGCAGCCGAAAGAGUGACAAUCAUUCACCUGCUGUGGUCACUACCACUGUGACCAGCAAGAAGCAGCCGUCAGUUCUGGUUACAUUUCCAAAGGAGGAGAGAAAAUCUGUUUCUGGCAAGGCUUCAAUAAAAUUGUCAGAGACUAUCAGUGAAGUGACCAGUAAUUCUCUGUCCACUUGCACAAAAUCUGGUCCAUCUCCCCUUUCCUCUCCAAAUGGGAAGUUAACAGUAGCAAGUCCUAAGCGUGGACAAAAGAGGGAAGAAGGAUGGAAAGAAGUUGUAAGAAGGUCAAAGAAAGUAUCUGUUCCAUCAACCGUGAUAUCUAGAGUGAUUGGAAGAGGAGGCUGUAAUAUUAAUGCUAUUCGGGAGUUCACUGGUGCACACAUAGAUAUUGAUAAGCAGAAAGACAAGACAGGAGACCGGAUAAUAACUAUAAGGGGUGGCACUGAAUCAACAAGACAAGCAACUCAGUUGAUCAAUGCUCUGAUCAAGGAUCCAGACAAAGAAAUUGAUGAACUUAUUCCAAAGAAUCGUUUGAAAAGCUCCUCAGCAAAUUCCAAAAUAGGGUCAUCAGCACCUACCACCACUGCUGCUAACAGUUCCUUAAUGGGAAUUAAAAUGACAACUGUAGCUCUGUCGUCAACAUCUCAAACUGCCACAGCACUCACUGUGCCUGCAAUUUCUUCUGCAUCUACUCACAAAACCAUUAAGAACCCGGUGAAUAAUGUGAGGCCUGGUUUUCCAGUUUCUCUUCCAUUAGCGUAUCCUCCUCCACAGUUUGCACAUGCUUUGCUUGCUGCUCAGACUUUCCAGCAGAUCCGUCCACCACGGUUGCCCAUGACCCACUUUGGAGGUACUUUUCCACCAGCUCAGUCCACUUGGGGUCCUUUUCCUGUCAGGCCUUUGAGCCCUGCCAGAGCUACUAACUCGCCUAAGCCUCACAUGGUGCCUCGCCAUAGCAAUCAGAAUAGCAGUGGUUCUCAGGUGAAUUCAGCAGGUUCUUUAACUUCAAGUCCAACAACUACAACCAGUUCAUCAGCUUCAACGGUGCCUGGUACAUCUACAAAUGGCAGUCCAAGUUCACCUUCCGUCAGAAGGCAGCUUUUUGUCACAGUUGUGAAGACAUCCAAUGCCACCACAACAACAGUCACAACCACAGCAAGCAACAACAGCACUGCACCCACAAAUGCCACAUAUCCUAUGCCUACUGCCAAAGAACACUACCCAGUAUCAUCCCCAUCUUCCCCAUCACCACCAGCCCAGCCAGGAGGGGUUUCUAGAAACAGCCCUUUGGAUUGUGGAACAGCAUCUCCAAAUAAAGGGGCAUCUUCCUCUGAACAGGAAGCAGGUAGUCCACCAGUAGUAGAAACAGCAAACAGUAGACCUCCAAACAGCAGCAGUUCUUCUGGGAGUUCAUCAGUUCAUUCUACUCAGCAACAACCUCCGGGAUCUGUUUCUCAGGAACCAAGACCACCUCUUCAGCAGUCUCAGGUUCCUCCCCCGGAAGUUAGAAUGACUGUUCCUCCUUUAGCAACAACAAGUUCUGCUCCAGUGGCGGUGCCUGCUACUGCCCCAGUGACUUACCCUAUGCCUCAGACACAAAUGGGAUGCUCCCAGCCUGCCCCUAAAAUGGAAACCCCUGCUAUUAGACCCCCCUCUCAUGGCACAACUGCCCCUCACAAGAAUCCAGCUCCAGUGCAAAAUUCAUCUGUUGCAGUCCUCAGUGUCAAUCACAUUAAAAGACCUCACAGUGUUCCCUCUUCUGUCCAGCUACCUUCGACCUUAAGUACACAAAGUGCUUGUCAAAAUUCAGUACAUCCAGCAAGUAAGCCUAUUGCUCCCAAUUUCAGUGCUCCCUUACCAUUUGGGCCCUUUAGCACAUUGUUUGAAAACAGCCCUACUUCUGCUCAUGCCUUCUGGGGAGGAUCUGUUGUUUCAUCUCAGUCAACACCAGAAUCUAUGCUAUCAGGAAAAUCCUCAUAUUUGCCAAAUUCUGAUCCUUUACAUCAGUCUGACACUUCCAAAGCUCCAGGUUUUAGACCACCAUUACAGAGACCUGCUCCAAGUCCCUCAGGUAUUGUCACUAUGGACUCGCCAUAUGGUUCUGUAACACCUUCUUCUACACAUUUGGGAAACUUUGCCUCAAACCUUUCAGGAGGUCAAAUGUAUGGACCUGGGGCACCCCUUGGAGGAGCACCCGCAGCUGCUAACUUUAAUAGACAACAUUUUUCCCCACUUAGUUUGUUGACUCCGUGUUCCUCAGCAUCAAAUGAUUCUCCUGCACAGUCAGUAUCCUCUGGAGUUCGUGCACCUUCUCCUGCCCCAUCAUCAGUACCUUUAGGGUCAGAAAAGCCCAGCAACGUCUCUCAGGACAGAAAAGUUCCAGUCCCUAUUGGGACUGAACGUUCUGCACGUAUCAGGCAAACUGGAACUUCAGCUCCAUCUGUUAUUGGGAGUAAUUUAUCCACAUCAGUAGGGCAUAGUGGCAUUUGGUCCUUUGAAGGCAUUGGUGGCAAUCAAGACAAAGUAGACUGGUGUAACCCUGGGAUGGGAAAUCCUAUGAUUCAUAGGCCAAUGUCUGAUCCAGGAGUGUUUUCACAGCAUCAAGCAAUGGAGCGAGAGAGUACAGGAAUUGUAACUCCUUCUGGUACAUUCCAUCAGCAUGUUCCUGCAGGAUACAUGGACUUUCCUAAAGUUGGGGGUAUGCCUUUUUCUGUGUAUGGGAAUGCAAUGAUUCCUCCAGUAGCACCUAUUCCUGAUGGUGCUGGAGGACCCAUAUUUAAUGGCCCUCAUGCUGCGGACCCCUCUUGGAACUCCCUGAUAAAGAUGGUUUCAAGUUCCACAGAAAAUAAUGGCCCUCAAACGGUGUGGACUGGACCCUGGGCACCUCACAUGAACAGUGUGCAUAUGAACCAGCUUGGCUGAUGAGGAUCAGCUUGUUAGCCUGAAGAUUCCUUUUCAUUCAGAGGAAAUCACAAGUGGCCGAAAAAAAAUUUAUGCUCCCCAAUCAUUCUACUGAUGUGCUUGACUGAAGUGUGUAGGCUUUUUGCAGAAGAACUUACUAACUGACCUAUUUUCUGUGAACAUUUGUGACUGCCCAUUCCCCAUCAUCAUCUGUUUUACCUUAGUUAGCAUUUUUCUUAUCAUUUUUCUUUUUUUCUUUCCCUCUUCCCCUUUGGACAUAACUUUCUGUUGAAGCUGUUCUUUGGCUGGUUGGUUUUAGUACUGUAAACUGCUUCUGAGCAAACACGGAAAUUUAGCAAAUUAUGUAAACUUGAUCCUGAAGUUUUAGAAUGGCAAAUAAAUGUACAAUUGUUUACAUAACAGAAAAGGCUAAGCAGAAAGUAAAUUUCAAUAUGUCAGUAUAGAUGCUCUACUUUAUGUAGACUUAAAUUAAUGUGAGAUAUGUACCUUCAUAUUCAGAAAUCUGGAUGUUUCCUUCAUACAUUAAACUAUUAAUAAGCAUAAAUUUUCUGCUUGUGUAAUUUAAGUAUAAAGUAAAACAAUGGGCAUUAUCAGUG